AUGGCAGCAAACGACGACACCGUCAGGCGGGAUUCCGUGAAUAGCUACACCAGCGGCCCGAAAACCCCACAGGGCGCACUCGGUCGCUAUCAGACUCAGUCACCGCACGAUCCCGCGAUGGCCUUCCCUCUUCAAGCGCAGUUGCCGACUCCCAAGAUGAGUCCGCAGAUGAUGGCCCAGUACAUGCGCUCUCAGGCCAUAUCAACUCAAUCACAGCCGCGCCCUACCACUAUGCAAGCGCAGCCUCCCACUCGCGAGGAAGCUCAGGCACGUCAGAACCGCCAGUUUGCCCUGUUUGGAAUGGCCUACUUCCAGAGGUUGGACCCGCAGGCAAAGCAACAGUUCCAACAGUUACCUUCCCAGAAGCAAAACGAGAUCGUUAGGAACGCGAUCGAGAAACGCAAACAGCAAGAGAUUCACAAGGCACGCGGGCAGCAGAUGGCGGCGCAACAGGCAAAGCAACAGGAAGCGCAACAACUGGCAGCACAACAACUGGCAGCGCAGCAACUGGCAGCGCAGCAACUGGCAGCGCAACAGGCGCAACAACAGGCAAAGCAGCAGGCGCUGCGACAGGCACACUUCAACAAUUUUGCACAGCAAUACGUCAGCUCGUUCAGUCCUGAGAAAUUGCAACGAUUCAGACAGGGUUCCGGAAUACAGCAAAUGCAGCAUCUUAGCAGCGUCUACCAGCAGAUGCAAAACGCGCAGAAGCUACAGCAGCAGAAAAUGCAACAAAUGCAGCAGCAUCAACCAGCCCGGCAGCUACAGCAGGUGUCGCAGCCGCAACAGCUCGCGCAACAGCCUCAACGUAUUCUGCGAACUCCAGAAGUACAGCAACAUCGACAGCUGCAGUCACCACGUAUUCUGCAAGCUCCACAAGCUCGGCAACAUCAGCAGUCGCAUGUGCAACGUAUUCAGCAAGCUCCACAAGCUCAGCAACAUCAGGAGCCGCCGGCACAACGUAUUCAGCAAGCUCCACCAGCUCAGCAACAUCAGGAGCCGCAGACACAACGUAUUCAGCAAACACAACCGGCGCCUCAGCUGAAGAGGCCUCGUUCUGACGACGAUGAGGCAAGCCCAGCCGCCAAGGUAGCCAAGGUCGCGCAGACAAUUACAGAGCAGCAGCCGAAGAACACAGAGGAUCCAGAAGAUCAGAGACUCAGGUCUAAGCUCACAAGCUGGCUCGCAUCCAAUGAGGCUAUGGAAGAAGCUCAGAAGAGUGAGCAGUCUGCGGAGUUGCACUGGCAGAUGCAGCACGCUGGCCCUUACGCUGGCCCUUACGCCGGCUAUGAGCCUGCGAAGUCGAACAUCCUCGACAACUCGUUCUAA